UUCCUCUCGCUUUACGGAGCCUGCUUGCAAUUCUUGCUCUUCAUGCCAGAGUCUGCAGCUGUCUCUCUGCUGCGUCCCACUGCCGCUGUUGUCGGAAACCGUCGCCUCUCAGGACGAACUGCCGCCAGACUUUUUUUUUUUUUUCCCGUCAAGACUCAGCGCUAUCCCGAAGGAUAUUGCAACUUUUAGACAUUUUCCAACAGGAAACUGAAUGAAGACACCUGACAGCGCGUAACGCCCCAUCCGCGUGUUUACUGAAAUCUUUGCAACUGUGAAGGCUAUAGGAAUGUGGAAUACAAGUCUAUCUCAACGUAAAACCACCUGCCUCUGCCCCUGACACCAUGACCACAGAUUUGAACUUGACCUCCCUGCUGAAUGUCACCGAUCUCCACAAUCACUCAAGAGGAUGUUCCCUCACCAAGACAGGCUUCCAGUUCUACUACCUGCCCACUGUUUACAUCAUGGUCUUCAUCACGGGGCUGGUGGGCAACAGCCUGGCCAUCUGGAUGUUUGUGUGCCACAUGAGACCGUGGAGCAGCAUCUCUGUCUACAUGUUCAACCUGGCCCUGGCUGACUUCUGCUACGUCCUCUCUCUGCCCUUCCUCAUCUUCUACUACUUCAACAAGACGGACUGGAUAUUCGGGGAUAUUCUGUGCCGGCUACAGCGUUUUAUAUUCCAUGUGAAUCUUUACGGAAGUAUUCUGUUUCUGACCUGCAUCAGUGUUCACAGGUACACUGGGGUGGUGCACCCGCUCAAGUCUCUGGGUCGACUGAAGAAGAAAAGUGCAGUUAUUACCAGUGUGCUGGUGUGGCUGGUGGUCGUUAUAAGUAUCUCCCCAAUCCUUUAUUAUUCCAGGACGGGCUUGAAGCGUAAUGCAACCAUUUGUUAUGACACCACCACUGAGGAUGAGUUACCAGGUUAUUUCAUCUACAGCAUGACUUUGACUGUGUUUGGGUUCUGCAUCCCUUUUAUUAUCAUAUUUUGUUGCUAUGGCAUGAUUGUCAAAGCGUUAAUCUGCAAUGAUAUGAACAACGCGCCCCUGCGGCAGAAAUCAAUCCACUUGGUUAUCAUCGUGCUCGCGGUCUUCGCCGUCUCCUACCUGCCUUUCCAUGUGAUGAAGAACCUCAACAUGAGGGCCCGGCUGUACUUCCAGAGCCCUGACAUGUGUGAGUUUAACAACCGCGUCUACGCCACCUACCAGGUGACACGCGGGCUGGCCAGCCUGAAUAGCUGUGUGGAUCCUAUUCUUUACUUCCUGGCUGGAGAUACCUUCAGGAGGAAGCUGUCACGGGCCACUAAAAAACCCUCCAGGAAGGGGGACAAUGUCCUUCAGUCCAAGAGUGAGGAGACGGCACUCAACAGCCUGGCUGAGUAUGUGGAGAAUGGGGACAGGAAGCUGUGACAGGGCCCCUCAAUGUGCCUGGUGCUGGGGGUGCGGAUCCCUGUUAGCUUUAGAAAACACAACGGACUUGGUAUUAAAUAAAUAAAUGCACUGUUUAGACUGACGGCUGUAUGUAGAAUAUACUGGACGAUGGUUUAUAGACCUGUAGGAUAAAUACUCCAUUUAACCCUGUGAUAACCAUCGCUUGCUUGCAGCCUGUCGACGUUGAUAAGCUAUCGUACUGUAUUGUCCUGUACAUGUAUUGUACUCUAAAUGUUAGAGCCAUCUCUCUUCAUUCUUAUCGAAUAGCUAGCAUUGCUUACACUUUGGACAAAACGAACAUCAUGAUCAGACAAGCCGGGGGAAAAUAGGUUUCCCUUCAGCUUAAUUAAUGCCCUGUUCAUCAAUUUGAUCAGGAAAAAUUGGACUCAGAAUGGAUAGCACCCUCUCUAGCCACCGAGCUGAUGCUUAAUCAAUAGCUAUUAAGCGGGCGGGAACUUGUGGUUAAGGAAGUGUACCUGGGAUGGCUUUUAAAGGAAAAAAAGUAAAUGCACUGAACCUGAGUUUGCUGCAUGGAUGUGCCAUGCAGACAGUGUAAUGCACUAUGACCAGGGACUCUCUGCUCAGAGGGCUACCUAUCACUCCUCAUUUCUUUCUGCAUCUAUAACUGACUGUGUGAGAAAUGUGGUCGAGUUUUUCAUUUUGACAGCCCUGAGGUUGAGGUCUGCAACGGCUCUGUUACCACAAUCUUUCUUGCCUUGUUAACCUGUUCCCUACUGAAAAAUGGGAAAAUAAUACUUACAGUAUUUUGUGUAUAUGAUACUAUAGUGAAUGUUUUUUCUGAGGUGUACUGUACAGGAUGUUGUGACGUUCCAGAUGAAUCUGUGUUGUUAACCGUUUUGUUCAAGUCAGUACCACUAAUCCAGACCUUUAGUGCAUGAGUCUAUUAUCAAAUCACAUCAGUGAAACACUUGCCAACCAUGGCAGUUUGGAACUGCUCAACAGUUAAUUGUAACAUAGGGAAUAAUAGCUUAUCAAUGAGCAGAAACAGACACACACACUCGGUCACCUGCUUUGUAUCUCCACCAAUAUUGAAGACUUUUUUUUUUGUAUAAGAUACCUCAAGUAAAUACUGCACUGUGUUUGUGUUUUGGCAGAUAAUAAUUGUUUUGUAUCUAGUGUAGUCACUCUGGAGAAAUGAUUGUGGAGCUCUCUCGGUAUAUAUUUUACCCUGGACUACAUAGAUGUUUGAUGUCUCUACUAAUACAUUUGUAAAUCUGUGAUGUGGUCAGCUAUUGUCAAGAAAGGAAGUGAAUCACCUGUACAGGAUAUUUGGGGCCACGUGUAUCUUUGUCAAUAAAUUUUUAUAUUUAAAACAU